AUGGUUGAUCCCCUCAAAAACACCAGUAAAGGUGAAGCUGUUCACACCGUUGAUAGUAACCUAGCAAGGGAGAUCAACAAGGAUGGACAAAGGAUUGCUAAGAAUACCAAUGUCAUAGAGGAUGUCAAUGACAUAGAAGAUAAUGAGCACCCUAAGGCCAAUACAGAAACUGAUACUAAUGUGGUAGACUUAGAUGAGUACUUUGACAAUGAAUUGCUUACCUCCUUGAAUCCUAGUGUAGCCAACAGACUAAUGACAAGAAGAAAAGGCAAAACUAUUGUCCAAAGAUCACCUAAAAAGAGCACACAAGUGACCAGUGCUGCCAAAGACGUUGUUAGGAAGAAGAGUACUUCUGCUGGUCCUAUCAAGAGCAAAGCUGUCAUUCCAAAGAAAAGUAAGGAACGGGAAAUUGUUGAACCUGAGUCUGAUGUUGAAGUGAAUGUCCCUGACAUCCCAUCAAGGAAAAAGCCUACAAUCAGCAAGCUUGCUGCUAGUAUUCUUGAAGUUCCCAUUGAUAAUGUGUCAUUCCACUAUGCCUCUAGUGCCAGCAGGUGGAAGUAUGUACUCCAAAAGAGAUUGGUUGUUGAAAGGGAAUUGGCUCCAAAUGCUCUUGAGAACAAGGAGGUCCUAGAGCUAAUUCAAGAAGCUGGACUAUUAAAGACUGUUUGCAAUCUUCCCAAAUGUUAUGUGAAGUUGGUCAAAGAAUUUGUGGUGAAUCUAUCUGAAGACUGUGGCAACAGCAGGAGUGUAGACUACAGAAAGGUGUUUGUGAGAGGUAAGUGGGUAUCAUUCUCUCCGUCUGUGAUUAAUAAAUUCUUGGGAAGAACAGAUGAAGCUCAAACUGAGUUGGAAGUAAAAGACAACAAAGUCUGUCAAGUGAUCACAACAAAGCAGGUAAACGGAUGGCCCCUGAAAGAGAAGCUAACUGCAAGUAAGCUGAGCAUCAAGUAUGCAAUGCUUCACAAGAUAGGAGUAGCAAAUUGGGUUCCAACAAAUCACAAGUCCACUAUCUCAACUGUGCUUGGCAGAUUUCUGUAUGCUGUAGGAACAAAGGCAAAGUUUGAUUAUGGAACACAUAUUUUUUACCAAACUAUGAAGCAUGCUGGAAGCUUCAGUAUUAAGGGUCCAAUUUCCUUCCCAUCCCUCCUGUGUGGUAUAAUUCUGGAUCAAUAUCCAAACAUUCUCAAUGAACAUGAUACAGUGUGCAAAAGAGAGAGUCCCUUGGCCUUUCAUUACAAACUGUUUCAGGGUAAGUAUGUUCCAGACGUUGUUGUAAUACGGUGA